AUGGCGACUUUGUCGCGUCGCUCCGGCCGGCCAGGAAAUUGGUGGCUCGAGGCAAACUUUGGCCAUGACGACGGUGCAUCCCUGGCCUCUGGUUGCGCCGUCGUUGGUGAUCGAACCGUUGUGCCGGCUUCGCACUUGGUUUCACCCUGCCCGCGCGCCACGUGUGAGCCUAUCGAGGCGAGCCCACAGCCACACAUGAGGGGGCGCCCCAGCCCACAAGACAGCCUGCUUGCAUGCCACUCACACGAACGACCCACGCAAUCCAUGCCCGUAGCCACUGCUGCUGCUGCUGCAUACAGGCCCAAUGAGGACUAUCAUGUCGGUGGUGGUGGUGGUGUCGCCGGCAUGGGAUCCCCCUCUUGGGCCGGAUGUAACGGCAGCGCUACAGUAGCUGUACAGACUUGUACAUGCAUGCAAAUACGUCGUUGCUGGACGCAGCUCGCCCUCCCAGCUCGCCUGUCAGCGGGAAGCGGCAGCGUAGGCGCAGGCGGAGGCGGCGGCCAUGGUCCUCCCUGGCUGCCCACGACUGGCUCCCGUGGCCUGCAGGCGGGCGUGAUUGGCAGCGGUGCAGCUGGCGGUGCAGUCGAGGGCGGAUGCAGAUGCACAUGGCGGAUGGGACAACCUUGGGCUGCGUCAUUGUCGACGCCGUUGCACGGUGGGGCCUAA